GUGCGGGCACCGCACAAUGGGCACCACCUCACAGAGGAGUUGCAGGAGGAGCCUCAGCACUAGCCACAAGCGGGGGGCCCCUCGGGGCGGCGAGGCCGGCGGAGUCGCAGCGCCCGCAGUGGGGACCCGCAGCGGGACGCUGUCCCCCGACCCGGAGCGGUAGGCGGGAUGUCGGUGGUGGGCAUUGACCUCGGCUUCCUCAACUGCUACAUCGCUGUGGCGAGGAGCGGCGGCAUCGAGACCAUCGCCAACGAGUACAGCGACAGGUGCACGCCGGCCUGUAUAUCUUUGGGAUCUAGAACUCGAGCCAUUGGAAAUGCAGCUAAGAGCCAGAUAGUCACAAAUGUAAGAAAUACAAUUCAUGGCUUCAAAAAGCUUCAUGGACGAUCAUUUGAUGAUCCCAUUGUACAAACGGAGAGAAUCAGGCUUCCCUAUGAACUGCAGAAGAUGCCUAAUGGAAGUGCAGGAGUUAAGGUGCGGUACCUGGAAGAAGAGCGGCCCUUUGCAAUUGAGCAAGUCACUGGGAUGUUGCUGGCUAAGCUUAAAGAGACCUCAGAAAAUGCCCUGAAGAAGCCAGUGGCUGACUGUGUGAUCUCGAUCCCGAGCUUUUUCACCGAUGCAGAGAGAAGAUCUGUGAUGGCCGCAGCCCAGGUUGCAGGCCUAAACUGUCUGAGGCUGAUGAAUGAAACCACUGCAGUUGCGCUGGCAUAUGGAAUUUAUAAGCAAGAUCUUCCCUCAUUAGAUGAGAAGCCAAGGAAUGUUGUGUUUAUCGACAUGGGGCAUUCUGCCUAUCAGGUCUCUGUUUGUGCUUUUAACAAAGGAAAACUUAAAGUGUUGGCUACUACCUUUGACCCAUAUUUGGGUGGAAGGAACUUUGAUGAGGCUUUAGUAGACUACUUCUGUGAUGAAUUCAAGGCCAAAUAUAAGAUAAAUGUCAAAGAGAACUCUCGGGCCUUGUUGCGGCUGUAUCAGGAAUGUGAAAAACUAAAGAAGCUGAUGAGUGCAAAUGCGUCAGAUCUUCCCCUAAACAUCGAGUGUUUCAUGAAUGACCUUGAUGUUUCUAGUAAGAUGAACAGGGCUCAAUUUGAACAGUUGUGUGCUUCCCUGUUGGCCAGGGUUGAACCACCUUUAAAAGCAGUAAUGGAUCAAGCUAACUUACAACGUGAAGACAUAAACAGCAUAGAAAUCGUAGGAGGAGCCACUCGGAUUCCUGCAGUCAAGGAGCAGGUCACUAGGUUCUUCCUGAAAGACAUCAGUACCACCCUAAAUGCUGAUGAAGCCGUCGCCCGAGGAUGUGCACUGCAGUGUGCGAUUCUCUCACCAGCAUUUAAAGUGCGUGAAUUUUCCAUAACAGACCUUGUUCCCUACUCAGUCACAUUAAGUUGGAAGACUUCUUUUGAAGAAGGGACUGGGGAAUGUGAAGUCUUCUCUAAGAACCACCCGGCUCCAUUCUCAAAAGUCAUAACUUUCCACAAGAAGGAACCAUUUGAACUAGAAGCAUUUUAUACUAAUUUGCAUGAAGUGCCUUAUCCUGAUCCAAGAAUUGGAAACUUCACUAUUCAGAAUGUUUUCCCACAGUCUGAUGGUGACAGUUCUAAAGUAAAGGUUAAAGUUCGUAUUAACAUCCAUGGAAUCUUCAGUGUGGCCAGUGCAUCAGUAAUUGAGAAGCAGAAUCUGGAAGGUGAUCAUAACGAUGCCCCCAUGGAAACAGAAGCUUCUAAGAAUGAAGGCAAAGAGGAUGUGGACAAAAUGCAGGUUGACCAAGAAGAAGGAGGUCAUCAGAAAUGUCAUGCUGAACAUACCCCAGAAGAAGAGAUUGACCACACUGGGGCCAAGGCAAAGGCACCUCCUUCAGACAAGCAAGAUCGCAUAAAUCAAACUAUUAAAAAAGGGAAAAUCAAGAGUAUUGAUCUACCUAUCCAGAGUAGCCUGUACAGACAACUGACUCAAGAUCUUCUCAAUAGCUACAUUGAAAAUGAGGGGAAGAUGAUAAUGCAGGAUAAAUUAGAGAAAGAAAGAAAUGAUGCUAAAAAUGCUGUUGAAGAAUACGUCUAUGAUUUCAGAGACAAAUUGGGCACUGUCUACGAAAAGUUCAUCACUCCAGAAGACAUGAAUAAGCUGUCUGCAAUGUUAGAAGACACAGAAAAUUGGCUUUAUGAAGAAGGAGAGGACCAACCUAAACAAGUUUAUGUGGAUAAGCUUCAGGAGCUAAAGAAAUAUGGCCAGCCCAUUCAAAUGAAGUACGUGGAGCAUGAAGAGAGACCAAAAGCUUUAAAUGACUUGGGGAAAAAGAUCCAGCUUGUCCUGAAAGUGAUAGAAGCACACAGAAACAAGGAUGAAAGAUAUGACCAUCUGGAUCCUGCUGAAAUGGAAAAAGUUGAAAAGUACAUCAGUGACUCCAUGAACUGGCUAAACAGUAAGAUGAACGCGCAGAAUAAAUUAAGUCUUACUCAAGAUCCCGUGGUAAAGGUGUCAGAAAUAGUUACAAAGUCAAAGGAACUGGAUAAUUUCUGUAACCCCAUCGUUUAUAAGCCCAAACCAAAAGUAGAAGCUCCCGAAGAUAAAACAAAAGCUAGUAGUGAGCACAAUGGACCGAUGGAUGGACAGAAUGGUGCAGAGAGCAGCCCAGACCCACCCAAAGGAGGCUCCCAGCACACCGACUCUGGAGAGAUGGAAGUGGACUAGGCGCCAUGUAAUUCAGCAGGGGUUAACCACAGGGUCCGUCCAUCCUUAUGCCUGGUACACACAACAUAUGUUCAGUUGUUCCUAACUACUUUGUCAUUUGUUUUUUGGAGUAGUUUCGAAAAGUGUCUAUAUUGAGUGCAUAUUGAUGUCCAUUGCUGCUGUGAAGCUUUAGCUGAAUAUAGACGUACAAAUCAGUUUGAGCUCUCCUUACAUACUUUGUGUCAGUAUGCAGGACUGCUAUGUACUCGGCAACCACCCACUGUAGCCACAGCUUCUACUUGCAUAGCCCUCAGCUUCUGUGUGCAGGAACAGGAUACUGCAUUGCUCUUUUGUUGCAGAGGCAGGGUUAACUGCAUUAUUGUUGUGAAAACAAUCUGAAGAUAAUGUGGUUUAGAGCCACCAGCACUGACCCUUUUCUAGUUCCCUAAUGCUAUCACUUAAAUAUUAAAACAAACGGGAGGUUCUGACAUCCUAGAACAUCUCACUGAUGCGCCAUAAGGAAUCCAGUCUUGUCAUCACAUAAAUGAUCAAAAUGACACUCAGAGGGACAGUGUGGUUUGAGUUGGAAUAACACCAGCAUUUGCUGCUUUUGUUAGUAGCAUGGAUUUGUGUUUCCUCCUCGAGUAACUCUUCAUUUGAAACUGUUGAUCUACUUGUCCAAAAGACCAGCUGCUGUCCACACUUGUCCACACUAAUGCUAAAGCACUGUUGACCUGCUCAGGUGUGCAUCUGUGAUGCUGACAGCCUUGGUUCAGUUUAUAGUUGUGUUGGUUUUCUUAAUUGCUUUUUGUUAAUAAUACCUUAAUCUGGGGUAGGGAGACGUUGCACAAUGCCUUGCAUUAUAUAUACCUAUCACUGAUUUAAUGUUCCAAUGUAGAUAGACACUAUUAAAUAAGCAGUAAUUCCUUGAAAGGAGUACCUGUACCAAGUCUUAGGAAAUAAUGCUUGUAAUAAACUGUGUUACAUCAGUAGGUAAAAUACAUAAUGUUACAUAGUGUAAUAUGAUAUAAUGUGAUUAAAUUAUAGUUCCUGCUGUUAAAUUGCCUUUUGAAAACUUGGCUCCAGGGUUGGUGCUUCUUAAAUGGGGAAAGGCACAGUGAACUUCAGCCAUCUUAAGGACCUGGCCUGUGGUUUAUCACCAGACUCGUUCCCACCAUUCAGUUGUGUUCUGAGCCUUGGAACUGUCUUAUUUAACCAUGGGGAAGGCUGGAGUGAUGCUUCAGUCUUCAAGGGACAGAAGCAGGACAGAAUGCAACGGGCCCUUGUGUUCUUAGUGCUGUUCACUGAAGAUUGACUUCAGGUACAAUUUUCAGAGGCUCUUUGUUUUCCCAAAGCUAAAUCUUUAUAUUAAACUCAAUACUGACUUUUUCUUAAGUAGCUAAAGACCGAGAGUAUACUAUCUUUAGGGAUAGCCAUUUCUCAAAUGAGUUCUCUAAUAGAGAUUUUGUUCCUACAAUGUAGUCUGCACUGAAAGGAGAAUACAGGAGGGUGGGAUUGUCAUUUUGCAGGAAUUUUUAUUCAGAUUUUGGGGGUAGAUAUCAUUUCCUUUUAUUAAGAAAAUCAUAAAAUCCAAACAUUUUAAAUGUCUAUAUCUUUUAUUACAGUGAAACAAUUAGAUCCAAAUAAAUGAAGAAAUACAUUUUAAGUAGAUAUCAGUUACUUUUAAUUUGUAUGGUAAAUAUAUACACAGGUACACUUAAGGAAAAAAAUCAUGGUUGUAAAGGGAAUACAUAACCGCACAGAGAUUGUCUAGCUGCUUCCUGGUUAUGGCUUAGACUCAGUAAGGAGCUGUCCCUCAGGACCUGUUGGAAGUAGAAGAGACGUCUCACCCUGCGUCUGAAUGUCCAGAAGCCUCAGGUUUUCCAUUCUGCUAAGUCACUUCCACGCAAUUAGUUUAAUGUUUUAGUCAGAGAAAAAAACAUAAUUAUAUAAUAUCAUUUAGUAAGUUUAGUAUAUCUAAAGAUAGUCUAUACUUUACCAAUUUGAUGUGAAUGCUUUUUAAAAAAAAAAACUAUGCUAUUUAAGGGAAAGAAAAUGUACUUUCCUUAGCAGUUUUGUGUUGACAGUAUGAUUCAACUGAUCUUUAAUAUGCAUUGCAAUAGGUAAUGCCAGAUCCAAGCGUUUUCAAAGCAAAAAGGUGCACUUUAAAGGACACACAGCCAAAGCAAUGUUACUGUCCAGCAUACUGCUUAAAAAUAUGUUAGUAUGGUUUAAUUCUGAAAGUACAAAUUAUCUUCCUUUAAGAAACCAACCAUUGGGGUUGGGGAUUUGGCUCAGUGGUAGAGCACUUGCCUAGCAAGCGCAAGGCCCUGGGUUCGGUUCCCAGCUCCGGAAAAAAAAAUAGAAAAAAAAAAAAAAGAAACCAACCAUUAAGGCAGUUGUGGUGGACAUACCUUUAGUCCCAGAACUCAGGAGACUGAGGCAAGCAUAUUUCUGAGUUUGAGACUAGCUUAGUUUACAAAGCAAGUUCCAGAACAACUAAGGCAACACAGAGAAACCCUUCCUCAAGCCAUCUGCUCCCCGAAAAAAGAAAUAAAUCUGUAAUAACCAACUAUACGAAGACUCUUAAAUGAUACAAAAAGGGAAAGGAAGGAAGGAAGGAAGGAAGGAAGGAAGGAAGGAAGGAAGGAAGGAAGGAAGGAAGGAAGGACCUGCAAGAUAAGGGUGCAAGCACCCAGGAGUGGAGAUGGAAAGAGUCUGAACUUAACUAUGGCCAUGCCGGAUUACACUGAGAUUCUAUCCCAGAAAAGAAUUCUUUAGCAAACUACAGAAUUUUUAAAAUUCUAAAAAGCUACAAACAUCAAGUAAUUCAAAUACUAAAAUUACAUGUCAGUUUUAAAACAGUAACCAGGUCUUUGCUGGGUUGGAGGUGUGGGCAUCAGGUGAUAGUUUCCUGACAAGGCAUCUUUAAAUAUUAGAGCUCAAUAUUCAAUUUAAAGAUAGUGUUAAGCCACUCAUAUUAGCAAAUGCCUUUUAUCCUAGCACUCCUCAAGCAGAGGCAGACAAAUUUCUUGAGUUCAAGCCAGUCAGAUCUACAUAAGGAGCUCUAGGCCAGUGCUACAUAGUAAAACCCUACCUCCAAAAGGGAAAAAAUGUUUUUAAACAUUUUAUCAGAAUUAGCACAUCCGUGACUUAAGAGAAAUCCACCUGAAAAGGUGAGAGACCUAAACUGUGACCUAGACUAAGUAAAAUUAUUUUUCCAUUCUUACGCAUUUGAAAUGUUAUGGUGACCUUUGAAACAAUUCCAGGAGCCAUUCCCAUGUGGCUUUGAUACCUAGGGCUUGGUAACUCAGAGAGAUUAAGUCCUUUGUACUAAUUUUAUGAAACAGGACUGUAGGUGGGGACAGGUGUUGGUGUAGAGGGGCCUCACUAACAUUCUUAACCCUGGGAUAGAUCCCUAAGCAAAAAGAAGUGUCAUAUUUUAGAAGGCCUAGAGGUGACUUAUUUUAGAUAUAUACAGUUUAUAAAACUUCAUUUUAGAAAUUUGUUUUGUGACAUUUGGUUAUAAAAUUUUAAUGAAUGAGCUAAUUGAUUUUUCGUUUGUAUUUGAAGAUGUGGAUGACAAAAAAAAACAAAAGAGAGGUGCUUAUAGAGUCUGGUUCUAAUCAUUGCUACCCUCUUUCUGGAGUCCAUAUUUUAACAAUUCUUUAAAAAGCUAAACAAUUUUAAGGCAGCCAGGAAAUUUUAGAGGACACAGACAUUUGACCAAAAGAUUUUCAACUUUAAACAUUUAUUUAUGGUUCUUUGUCAAGACUUAAUCUAAAUAUUUUAAAAGCAAUUCCAAGAAAACAUACAAGAUUUUUCUUUUGUUUAAUAAGCUUUAAUAAAUAAUCAAAGACCAGCAUUUUAGCUAAAAAUUGUAGUUAUUUAACCAUCAUAUUUGUCUUUAAAGUACACAAAAUUAAAUUCUUGGAUCUGGAAAGAUAGCUUAGCAGUUAAGAGUACUGGUUGUUCUUCCCCAAGGACCAAGAUUCAGUUCCUAGCACCCUUAUCACUGCUCAUAGCCACCUGUAAGUCCACUCCCAGAGGAUUCAAUACCAUCUUUUAGCCCCAGCAGGCACUGCAGGUACAAACAUAACAUUCUGGCAAACAUUCAUACACAUAAAAUAAGCAUGCAAUCUCAUAUUCAGUGUCUUCUAACAAACUAGUACUGGGAUUACAAUCUUGCCAAAAUGUGUUAAGUUUAAUGAUGUGUUAGUACACUGUUCUAUUACUAGAAAGAGACACACACCAUGACAAAGACAACUCAUGUCAAAGAAAGCGUUUCGUUGGAGGCUUGCUUACAGUUUCAGAGUUGAGUCCAUUUGCAUGAUGGCAGGUAAGCAGGAUGGUGCUGGAGAAGUAGCUAAUAGCUACAUCCUGAUCUAUAGGCAGUAGGCAGAGAGAAACAGAGACAGACACUGGGCCUUCUAUGAUCUUUUGAAACCUCAAGGUCCAACCCCAGUAAUGCACUUCCUCCAACAAGACCACACCUCCUAAUCCUUGUAAUCCUUCUCAAACCACUUCUAGUCUCCAGUGACUAAACAGAGCCUAUGGGGGAGCGUUCUCAUUCAAACCACUAAACAUGGCAAAAUUCUUAGUUAUGUUAAACAGUAAAGGGGCAUCUAGAAUGUUAAGAAUGUUGAAAAUCAAACCGCUUCAAAGGAAAAUCAAAAACUAGAAAUUGACAGACCUGUACAGCUGCAAAGGCUCCUUGCCUACUGGAUUCUUAAGGAUGCAUCCAGCAUAUUAUAAUAGUGAAGAGUAAAAAGGGAAGAAUAUUUGUUAAAAUAUAUUGAGACAAGGAGCUUUCAAAUCAAGGAGUCAAAGAUAGCAGUAACUAAGUCAUGACCAUCUGAUGCAUGAUGCAGUCAUAUCCAUGGUACUGACAUAGCAUGACCCUUGCUUGGAGUAUGAAGUUAUGUCACCCAAGUCACAGGAUGAUUAUUAAGAAAACAUAUAGACACCCAAAAACAUCCUGUAGAGAUGAUGAGAUACAACAUGCUUUAAAUUGUAUUACAGAAUUUAAAUAACUAGUUUUCACAAUUGGCUGUAUGUAAAAUGUCAUUUAAAUAGUGUUUUCAAAUGCAUUGCUCUUACAACCUUGAUUUUCCUUUAACUCUUCUCUUUCAUAAUAUUUAAAGCAUUCAUCUGCCAUGUUGAUAAUUAAAUUAGCAGUUUAAAUUAGCAACUAAAGUUCCCUUGAGGCCCUUUCCCCUUGUAUUUGAGAUUAGGUCUUGAUAUAUAGUCUUAGCUGGCCUCUAACUUGUGAUCCUCCUGCCUCAGCCUUGAGCUUUUACAUCACACAUAUGUAAUAAACCAGGAUGAAUAUUCCAGAUUCAUCAUUUUCAGGUUUAAUAGUGGCAUUGAAGUAGUCCUUGGCCAAAAGAAGUCAGUUUGUGAAUGUUGUGUGUUAAGUAUGACAAAAUAACAAGACUAGAAGUUCAAAGUAAAAAGCAGACACCUUUGAUUUUUGAUUAAGAAAAAGCACUCUGCAUCUCUUUAUUUAAAGUUUCCUGUUUGUUCUUUCUGAGAGAGUAAGUGAAAACACCUUUAAAAUCAUGUCACCUGCUUAGAAUGUACAUGUUAAAAACAACUUAAGACCAAAAAAAAACCUAGCUUUACAGUGUACAUUUUUCUCUAAAAUAAACUUUGGUGGCUUAGUGUCUUGGAAGGAGAGUCCUAAUAUGAAACUGUCACCUCUUAGAUUUCGGAGGAAGAAGCCAUUGUUACUAAGCUGUGUAGUGUUACAUUACACUACAUAGUUUUUUUGUUUUGGUCUGGUGUAGCUUUGGCUGUCCUGAAAUUAAACUCACUAUAUAAACCAGGCUUGCCUCAGAGAUCCUCCUGCCUCUGUCUCCUGAAUGCUGGGACAAAGGUAUGUGCCACCACCACCCAGCCAGAAUAGUUUAAAGAAAGUUAUGCUAAAUUUUCUAGUUCUGGUAAACAGUCUUCCAGUCAUCUUCACAACUAUUAUUACAACCAUGUACAAAGAGACUCUACUCUAGUCAUUCCUAUACAAGGACUUUUGACAGUUUAGUUCUUAGUAACUAGUAUUAGUUUUCUUCCUUUUAGAAGAACUAUACAUUUGAUUUCUCAAUUCUGUUUGCAAUGCAGUACAGAAAACUAUAAUCAAAUGUGACAUCUAUAAAAUAAUUUUGGCAUAACAGACAUGAACAGACAUAAGAAUGACUUUCAAUGUUAAUUAUAAUCUAUAAAUAUCACUUUGGAAUUUGACUGGUUCACAAAUAUAUCCACAGAAUGUUUGCAUAUGGAAUGAUGAAAGCAUAUAAAACCUUUCCUGUGUAUGUAAACUGCAUCUUCAUACUAGCAAACAAGUAGCAAUUGAUAAUAAAUGCAAUUCAGUUUUGGAUGUCAGUCCACAUUGUCAAGAAGUCAUGUAAUAAUAAUAAAUACAUAUUCUGCCUGCUCCUUGA